GAAAGGUCACAAAACUGGGCACGAUCCUCGUCCCUUCACCCCCCGGCUCUGCAAGGGAUAAUGUCGCUCGCGGAUGAAGGGGCGGUGCGACGGUUCGUCCUCCACCCUCGCCAACCCCGAGCAGCCCCAUCCGCCUCUGCACAUCCCGCGCCGACCCCCAUAGCUAUAGCCAUAGUGUUUCCGCCGGAACUCUCCUGCGCCGGGGAAGGAACUGCGAGGGACCGCUGGAAGAGUGGCUUCCGGUUUUGAGGGUUCGCCACUUCCGGUCCCGCCGAGCGGGACUCGAGUCGUAAUACCGGCCUCCUCUUCUGCUGCCGCUGCUCACCGCCAUGGAGACCAUCCUGGAGCAGCAGCGCCGCUACCACGAGGAGCGCGAGCGGCUGAUGGACGUCAUGGUCAAGGAGAUGCUCACGCGGAAGUCCACGGUGAGGAGGGGGAAGGGGAGGCUGGGGGCGCCGGCCCCGCAUCGCCCCACACCCGCGACUGACCCGCACCCCCCUCAUCCCUCUUUGUCUCUCUCUCCCUCUAAGCAGCUUCGAGACCAGAUCAACUCGGACCACCGCACGCGGGCCAUGCAGGAUGUGAGUAGGCCGGGCCUUGUCUUAUAGGGAGGGGGGCUUUACCUUACUGUUUAUUCAUAUGCCGCCUUUCAGCUAAGAAGGCUCCCAAGGCGGCUGCCCAGAACAAACGGGUAUAUACAAAUGCAAGAAAGCAAGUCCAAAACAACGCAAAUGCAAAUGAUAACAUAUCUGAAGGAUUCCAGCAGGAUUGAAAACUGAACAUAUCCACACUCCUGCCAAAAAGGCAAAGAGCAUUCCCUAAAACAAACCUUAAGAAGAGAUAAGAAUGCUUAAGUCAUCAUCUUUGCCUUAUAAGGGUUCCAGGUGGGGCUGGGAGGGGACAAGGCAGGUGGGAAAGCUGGUGCCUCUUUAUGGUCCCAGCAGACUCUCCCCUGUAGCAAAUGAUUGGCAUUUGGCAUUGGUUACAUUGACAUAGGUGGCACUAAGAAAGCUUGGAAAGCAAGUAGGAGGCAUAAUUCAGUGACACAAGAUGCAGGAGCAGUAAGUGCCUCAAGACAACCAGAGAGGCAGAAGGGACAGCUGAUGGUGCAAGGUGGGCAGGGAGCUCUGCUGCCAUUUUACCAUGAAGCCCAGCCCCUUCAAACUUGGGGAGCCACCUCCUGCUGCCACCAGAGCUGUUAUGGCUGACUCGUGGGCCCUGUCCCUCUUUUCUUUCCAGAGAUACAUGGAGGUGAGCGGCAACUUGAGAGACUUGUACGACGACAAAGACGGGUAAGAAGGGUCUUGUUACCUGGCACUUUCUUUGAGGAGGGGGCAGCAGACUUUGAGCUGGCAGGACCUGGUGGGGGCCUCCAGUUGAAUGGGUACUGGAAGGGAAGGGGGAACACUUAAAAUCCAGAAAGCAUGCACUGCUGUUGUCCUUGUUCCAUGUGCAGCACCAAUCAGGCCAGAGCCCUCAUUUCUUUCUCCUGCUAGCAAUCCUGCUAGCCAAGCUGAAAAGGCUACCUCCUCCUGUUUUCUAUAGGUUGCGGAAGGAAGAACUCAGUGCCAUUUCAGGGCCCAAUGAGUUUGCUGAGUUCUACAAUCGUUUGAAGCAGAUUAAAGAGUUCCAUCGGAAACACCCAAAUGAGGUGAGGUUGUGUGUGUAAUGAAUCCUCAAGGAGUAGCACCACUGACUAGUUGCCCUACUUGGUCUGAAGACCCUGGGAUUUCAUGGUUGCUUCUGGUAUUGCUAAAGUGACUUGACUGUCUGUGCUGUAGCCUAUAUGCUAUAUUUUCUAGUUUGAACUUUGCUUACUGUAUGCAUCUUUCCAUACUAGAAGCAAUCUCCACUACCUCUUUUCAUGCUGUCCUUUUAUGCACCAAAUACACAUUGCUUUUCUUCCCAAAACCUUUAGGCAAUUGUUCAACUUCUCUCCUUGUCUGCCUCCCAAAAUUUGGUAGUGCAGUGGUUCCCAAACUUUUUUAUUCUAAUUCCCCCUUGGUUCCAUAAAUUCACCUCCAGUGCCUCCUUACCCUACAAAAAGCAUUAUUCAGAAUAGUGGUUUGCACAACUCACUAAAGAAGAUAAUAACAAUAAAAUGCAAAACAGUAACAAUUAAUUGCACACUUAUUCAAAAGCCAAUUAAGCUAUUUAUCUUAAUUAAUUCAACAGAAUUGAUGAACUUGAUCCAGUAAUACUUGCUUUUCAAAGUCUGAUGGUUAUUUAGCAAGAUUAUUAAUUACCACAUUUAGUAACUACUUUACUAUUCAGUAAACUCUUAAUGUGAUGGACAGACUUAAUAAAGUGAAAUCCAUUGCCCAAUGUCUGUUUUAAAGUCACUUUGCAGGAGCCUUAAGUCUCCAUGCUUUGUAAGAGUUGAUUUCUUUGCUUGGAGAGAAGUUGGAUGACUACACCAAAAUCACAUUCCACCAAAUAUGAUGUUGGAAAUGCAACAAGAAGCUUUUUAACCAUUGUCAAUAGUGCAGGAUAUCAAUCAGAAAUUGCCUCAAAAGUGAUAAAAGUAAAAGAAAUAAGCAGUAAGAAGUGAAGAAAGUGUUUCAUUCUAGGCUCUAUCCUGGUCAAUCAUAAAUAAGCGAAAAACAUGUUUGUAGAAGCACAUCUGCAGCAGCCCCUAAGUAACCCCACCCCACCCCAGGAGGCGAUAACCACCCACUUGGGGAACCACUGUUGUAAUAUGUCUGUUCCCUUAAUCUUCUGUUGUCUCCUGCAAACAUUUCUUUCCUUCACGUCUUGUCUAACUACUAGGAUAAGGUCUAAUGUAUUUUGGAUCAGGUAUCACUGCAUUUAUUACCUGUUCAUUAUCUGGCCUGUUAAUCCUAAACACCUGUAGUAAUCUGUCCCUUGUAGAUUUGUGUGCCGAUGUCGGUGGAGUUUGAGGAGCUCUUGAAGGCCCGGGAGAAUCCCAGUGAAGAGGCUCAGAGUAAGUUUUAAAUCUAACCUGUCUGGCAUAACCCCUUGCUUGGCCUCCUAUUCUGAUGCCCAUUACACUUUCCAGAUAGUUGGAACAAAUGGGCAGAGGACCUAUUGCUGCAAGAUUGCUUCUUGCUUGUCUUCUGCACUUCAUCUGCACUGUAGCCAAGCUCUUUGGUUCUUGGCCUGGGGAUUCAGUUCUCUUCCUCAUUAAGCCAGUUCUGAGUUGUCUGUCUCUAUUUGUUUUCUGCAGACCUUGUGGAGUUCACUGAUGAAGAAGGAUAUGGCCGCUACUUGGACCUGCAUGACUGUUAUCUCAAGUACAUUAACCUCAAGUCCUCAGAGGUGAGAUUUCCAACCAGGUUGUCUAGGAUUUGGAAGCAUCUCUUGUCCUCUGUUCUAUACCCAAAUGGCCCUGCCCACCAACAAGUAUAGCAUGCAUUAGAGUGCAAACAGAAGGAAAAAGGAAUGGAGAAGGAACAAGCAACAGGUGUUCAAGCACUAAUUCUUAAUAGCUACAGAAAUAUUUAAUAACCAGGGAGACAGUUCUGGGAAGAGCAAAAUGGAGGCAGGUGGUCCUAGCUGAACCAAUAGAGUUGGCCUUUCUGUCUCCCUCUUCCACCUAAUGGAAUGGAGCUAAGGGGGUGAGCAGCAGGAAGUAGGGAUUAUUCAGGAAACAAAUCAGUGCCUGCAUUGGGAUCUUGCAUGAAGUCACAGUUAAUUAUCUCUUUUUCCCUGUCCUCUGCAGAAAUUGGAUUAUAUCACAUACCUGUCCACUUUUGACCAGCUUUUUGACAUUCCUAAGGAGAGGAAAAAUGCUGAAUACAGGAGGUGAGAGCUCAGAACUUUUGGGCGGGGGGGAGGAAGAAAACAGACAUUAAACUCUUCCAAAGCCUCUAAUGUAUCUUUAUCAGUCUGGGCAAUUUUUUGUGUUCUGCUCCUAAAGUUAUUAAAGCCAUUGUGACCAGAUUUUCUCUGUCACCCACAUGGGCUUAGUAACAAGCCGAAAGAACCAUAAACCUUGUUUGGCAUCUUUCUGUGUAGGAUCUCUGUUGGCGGGCUCCUUGCAGUGGGGUGAGGAGCAUUGUUUGAGUAUGAGGCCGUCACCUCUUCCCUUUCUUCCCUUGAUGAUUGCUACAGGUACCUGGAGAUGCUCCUGGAAUACCUGCAGGAUUAUACAGACCGAGUGAAGCCAUUGCUGGACCAGAAUGAGCUGUUUGGCAAAAUCCAGGCAGAAUUUGAGAAGAAGUGGGAGAACGGCACUUUCCCUGGUUGGCCGGUGAGCAGUGCCCAGGAUGGGGUGGGAGCUGGAGGUUUGGCAAGAUCAUGGUCCCAUGGAGCAGGUCUUUGCUGACAGGCUCCUUGAACCACCUUAGGAGCUCUAAGUAUUUGGCCACCAAAGCUCUGGACUGUGUUUUGGGGGGGAUCUUGAGCCACUAACCCUCUUGUUGUCUCUUGGCAGAAAGAGACCAGCAGCGCCCUCACCCAUGCUGGGGCCCACCUGGACCUGUCAGCUUUUUCUUCCUGGGAGGUUUGUUUGCCUGUGUGAGCCUGUCUUGUUGGUGCUGGGAAGGGAGCAGGAGGGGAAGGGCUGCGGCUCAGAGGCAGAACACCUACUUUGCAUGCAGAAGGUGCCAAGUUUGAUCCCCAGUGACAUCUCUCUUUAGGGCUGGGAAAGACUCUGCCUGAAACCCUGGGGAACCAUGGCUGCUAGUCAGUGUAGACGAUACUGAGCUAGAUGGACUAGUGGUCUGCCUCUGUAUAAGGCAGCUUCCGAGCUUUCCAGAACAGCUGCUGCUGCUGCUGCUGCCACUGCCUUUGCUGUCUGUGGUGUGCAGGGACUUUGGCUAAGUUCCUGCUACCCAUUGCCCGGCAAGAUGAGGGAAAGGAGAUGGUUAACUUACAUCCAAGUCAUGUCAGCUCUGUGCAUUCUCCCACAGGAAUUGGCCUCCCUUGGACUGGACAGGCUGAAAUCUGCACUGCUGGCUUUGGGUCUGAAAUGUGGUGGGUAAGUAAAGGAUUUGUUUGGAGCUGGCUGUGGGUUGUUGUUGCUGCUGCUGGACACUGUGUAUGACACCCAGUGAAGCUGAAUGCAGAUAAAAGAAAAUACUUCUUCAUGCUGCACAGAGUUAAACUAAGGAACUUGCUCCCAUAUGAGGCAGUCAUGGCCACCAACAUAGGUGGCUUUAAAAUAGGGUUAGACAAAUUCACGGAGGAGAGGACUGUUGAUGGCUACUAGCCCUGAUGGCUAUGCUCUGUUUCCACAGUUGGAGGCAGUGAUGAUUCUGAGUACCCUUUGCUGGAAACCACAGGAAAGGAGAGUGCUCUUGUACUCGAUUCCUGCCUGUGGUCUUCAUACUGGGGCAUCUGGUUGACCACUGUGAGAAAAGGGUGUUGAACUUGAUGGGCCACAGGCCGGAUCCAGCAGGCUCAUACGUUCUUACAUGAGAGGUCUGGUUGUUUGGAUGAGCUCUGGGUUUAUCCGGAUCUGGAGAUACAAGCACAUAAUGCGUUUCUUCUCUUCCUCCUCUCCAGGACUCUAGAAGAACGUGCUCAGAGGCUGUUCAGCACCAAGGGCAAGUCUCUGGAGGCCCUUGACCCUUCUCUCUUUGCCAAGAACCCAAAGACAAAGGGGAGCAAGCGGUGAGGCACAUGGCUGGGGUGAAGUUGAACAUGUCCUGCUCAGAUCACCUUCCUGCAGAGGGGCAGCUCCUUGCUUCCUUCCUUCUCUGUCAGUGGCUGGGUGGGAAAGAUGCUGUCCUUGGCCUUAGCUUUGACUAGCAACCUGAGCUGUGCGACCCAUGUGGUUCCUCUUGGCGCUGCAAGUGGGGUGGGGUGUGUGUAUCCUUAUCCCUUCAUCAAGCUGUUUCCUUGACAGGGACACUGAGAGGAACAAGGACUUGGCUUUCCUGGAGGCUCAGAUCUAUGAGCAUGUGGAGAUUCUUGGGGUAAGCUCUCUCCCAUCCUUCUCCCUAGCCAUUGGGGUUCUGUUGUGGUUCAGUAGGCCUCCUACUGUACUCACUGGCUCUGUUUCCCACCCAUUGUAGGAGCAGCGGCAGCUGACUCAUGAAAAUGUGCAGCGCAAGCAGGCACGGACUGGUGAGGAACGCGAGGAGGAGGAGGAGGAACAGAUCAGCGAGAGUGAGAGUGAAGACGAAGAGAACGAAAUCAUCUACAACCCCAAGAACUUGCCACUUGGGUGGGAUGGCAAAGUAAGCCCGGCUCAUUGUGGGGCUCGCAGCACACCCCAGGGGAUGGGAGAAAGCAACUGCUUUGUGUGCUCACUCUCUCUUCCUCCCCCCCCCCACCUCCUUGCCUUCCAGCCCAUCCCUUAUUGGCUGUAUAAGCUCCACGGCCUGAACAUCAACUACAAUUGUGAGAUCUGUGGGAACUACACCUACCGUGGGCCCAAAGCUUUCCAACGACACUUUGCGGUAGGACACUGGAAAGUGCCACAAUAUUUGUUUGGGGAGUGUGUGUGUUUGAUUGGGCCUCGGAACAAAUUAUCAGCUUGCAUGAGGUUCAGGGCUCUUGCUAGGCAGCAGCCCUUGAAUCUUAACACUUGCAGAGCCCCCCUGUGCAGUGGAGGGGGGGACCCUUCCCAACUGGCUGCUUUUUAGCUUAGCUUUCUAUUCGAGACCCAGGUUGUGUGGCAGUUCUGCAUGGAGGGCAGUGGCAUAAGCCAGCAUCUUCUUUGCCCCCGCCCCCGAGCACUUUUGCUCCGUCAUGGCCAAGCCUUGAUGCUCCUCUGUGUUCCAUAGGAAUGGCGCCACGCCCAUGGAAUGAGAUGCCUGGGCAUCCCCAACACAGCUCACUUUGCCAACGUCACACAGAUUGAAGAUGCUGUUUCAUGUAAGUAGCCAUAAGUUGCCUUCCUGGCCCUGGGCUUGCCUGUGGCUGCCAGUUUCACAUUGUGGGGGGUGGGGGCCAUCCUGUCAGAGUGAUGGGCCUGCUCUGUCAGCUGCCGGCUUGUGUGAUUUAUUUACCUCUUUGCUGAUGUGCCAGGAUCAGCAGAGUGACUGGGUGGGUGGAGCUUCUCAGAGGGGCAACUUGUAGUGUGGCAGGAGCCUGAUCCUUUACCCCUGGUUGGGCAGGGGUGCGGGGCUUCUGGUGCUUCCCCAAGCAGAGUAGCAGCUAUCCUUCCACCUGGGUAUCUUCGGUUGUGACUGGGAGCUAGCAGUUGACAGUCGCCUCUGACAUUUUGUGCAUAUGUGUUUACAGUGUGGGCAAAGCUGAAGCAACAGAAGGCUUCGGAGAGGUGGCAGCCGGACACAGAAGUAAGCUGGGUUGGGACAUCCCUUGCCGUUGUCUGUUGGGAAUGGGACUGGGAGGACCAGGCCGGGGGUUAGUGGUGUGUGCUUUGGUCCCCAUGCCAAAUUCUACCGAGGUCCCCAAUGUUUAGCAAAGGGAUUGCAAAGGCUGGCGCUGGCUAGCAAAGCCCACUGAAGUCAAGGGGGAUAAUAACUAUUGGUUGUUACUAGUCAUGUGACCAGGGGAGCCUGCCCUGAAAUGUCGCAGGGUGGAGUGGAGCUCCUCCCAUGUCCAGAUUGGCUGUUUCCGCCAUAACUGUCCACCCUAUUUCCCCUCCUACACAAGUAUCUGUUGUGUGUUCCUGCCCCACUCCCAGCAUGUAGUUAACUGGCUGGGGGGUUUCAUUGGUCUAAACAUGUUUCUGUGCAUUGGUUUCUCCCUGGGCUACAGAUUCCUUCCUUUUGUGCUUGGGUGAGGGUGUUUCGGCCGCAUAAGCAAUAGCGCUCAGGGCUGAAUGUCAGAAACAGGGCAUGACAGCUCAGUGGAGCCUCCAUAUUCAGUUGCAGCAUAGAGGGGUGCUGGAAUGCUCUCUGUUGUUCUCCUGCCUUGCUUCAGGGCUUCCCAGAAGCAUCUGAUUGGCCAAAGGAGGCUGGACUAGAUUGGCUCCUCAGAGAGUCUCAGCAGAGGCAGCGCAUCCCAUUUUGCCGCUUGAGGCCGAUGCCGCUCCACUUCUCCCCCAGUGGCAGGAUGCCUGCAGAGGCUUCUGUCACCUGUGGCAGCAGCUUCUGGGUUUCAGUGAUUUGCUGUCUCCAUGGUAGGGGAGACCUUCACCUUAGGGCCCUGGUACUGCUCUCCUGGUUUUCCCCACACUUGGGCUUCUUUGUCAACCUAGGAGGAAUACGAGGAUUCCAGUGGGAACGUGGUCAACAAGAAGACCUACGAAGAUCUGAAGCGCCAAGGCCUGCUGUGAUCAGAGGAGACGUUGGCCCGACACACCCCACCCCAGACCUCCCAUGUUGCGUGUGUGCCUGUUCUUCCCUCCUCCAUGGAAGCGGGUGCUUCAAGGACACUUAGAGCUCACAGGGUGAUGAUUCCUGUAACAAUUUUUUCAUAAAAAAUAAACCUUAGUUUUAAAGGCAGAAGGAAUGGGCA